CCCAGCAGUUCAUUUAUGUGCACUGUAGUACACAUUUAGUUUUUGCUUGUAUCUCUCAUACUCUACAUGCCACUCUGCUAAAUCCUGUUGUUUCUUAGAGAGGACAAGUGUACCUUUAAAAUGAUGUCACAUGUGUGGGGGUGUGGCCUUGCCAACUAUCCUUUUCCCUCCUUUUCAAAAUGGCUGGCAUCCCUACAAGCACAUUUUAUGGAAGAAGGAAAGGUUCAUGCCUGUGUUGGAAGAAUGCAGAAUUCAAGAUGAUGGCACACUAAUGACACGUAAUGAUUGGAGCCCACAGCAGUAUUUCCAGCAGUACAUUGAUAAAAAACUAAUUCAGGACUUGUCCUUCUUCACCAACCAGCGUAUGGUACGGGAUUCAGGGUGUAGUUUAAACACAACACCAGAGGAGAUCAAUACCUUUUUAGGAAUCUCUGUGUACAUGGCAUGCCUUGGAUAUCCGAGAAUUAGAAUGUACUGGGCUGCCAAAACAAGAGUCGCAAUUAUAGCUGAUUCCAUGACACGUGAUCGUUUCUACAAGAUCAGGUCCUCGCUGAAAGUGGUUGACGAUCUCAGUGUGCCAGAAAGCGAAAAGAAAAAGGAUCCCCUGUGGAAAGUCAGACCAGUUCUAAAGAGGGUCCUCCAAGGUUGCCUCAAUCUGCCCAGGCCAACAAAGGUCUGUAUUGAUGAACAGAUCGUUCCAUUCACUGGCCAAUGUCCAGUUCGUCAGUUUGUACCUGGAAAGCCAAAUCCAACAGGAUUAAAAGUGUUUGUUCUUGCAAGUCCAGGUGGUUUAGUGCUUGAUUUUGAAACCUACAUGGGAAAGAACACCUUCACUCAAGUCCAACAGAUGGGAAUAAGUGGAAAUGCAGUCUUGCGUUUAACAGAGACACUUCCUAGAGGAUCACUAGUCUACUUUGACCGGUAUUUUACCACCAUCAGUCUUCUGGAUGCUCUUAAAGAAAGGGGCCUUCUAGGUACAGGAACAAUUCAAAAGAAUCGAAUCCCAAAAGAGUGCCACUUCACUGCUGACAACAUCCUGAGCUCAAAACCAAGAGGUUCGUCAGAAAUGAUUGUACGGAGACCUGAUGAAAUAGCAGUCACCAAGUGGAUGGACAACAAGCCUGUUGUCAUGGCAUCAACUGCUCAUGGAAUUGAGCCCCAGGAUACCUGUUCCAGAUGGUCAAAGAAAGAACAGAGACAAAUCCAAGUCCCAAGACCUGCAGUGGUUGCAGAAUAUAAUAUCAACAUGGGAGGGGUUGACCUAUGUGAUCGCAUGCUCAGCUUCUACAGAAUAUCUAGCCGGACCAAGAAGUGGACUGUUCGCACCAUACUUCAUUUCAUUGAUCUGGCCAUCACCAACUCAUGGCUUCAAUAUCGACAAGACAGCGAGGCCAUGCAACAAGCUGAAAAGAAUACACAGUACCUGGAGUUCAAGCUCCUCUUGGCUGAAGAACUGAUAAACAAGGGACAAACAUGGGAACAAGACCUAAAUAAUACCAGUGAUGAAGAGUUCUCUCCAGAAAUCAAGAAAAGGAAGCCCCAAACAGAUGAGAGUGUAAGAAAAUAUGGUGCACUCCACUUGCCUGAAAUGGUUAACAGCCCAAGGCCUUUCAGGUGCAGAAUGCUUGGGUGCAACAGUAAAACAUAUGUGAGAUGUGUGAAGUGCAAAAUGUUCCUCUGUGUAUCCAAAAAAUCACAGUGCUUUCUUAGAUAUCAUAAAUGAAUGGACUUUUGUGAAAUAAAUUAAAAAAAAAACAGUGCAAUCAGUUGUUCCUAGACGAAUGGCCUACAGCCAGUGAAAUGUCAGUGACUUCUAAGUUGACCCAUGAUCUACUGUUUUGUGAUGUUUUUAUGUAAAUAUGUUUUAAAAUCCUGCUUACAAAGAUUUCAGUGCAGCAUUUAAUUUUUUUAAUCAGCUCUUGAAUUUUGUUAGUUUCACAUUCGUGAUCAAUGAACUCCCCUUGUGCACUGGAGUGCACAUGUUGUAAAAUUUAAAUUAAAUCUGUU